AUGCGCAAAUUCAGGACAGUCGUUUUGUUCCUUGUUUUUUACCUUUCGUUUUAUCUUACCCGUUCACACAAUGAUAAAUUCGACGAGGUCGUAAUUGUGGACAAGUCGGAGCAAGCCCACCGUGGAAAGGAGGACUCCAUGAAGAAUACUGGAGGCGCAGGAACAGAGGCAGCAACUGGGGCAGGAACAGCAGAAGGAACAGAGGUAGAGGCGCAGCAGCUGAUACAGUCAUGGGCUGGUGACAACGAAAAUCUGUUCUACUUCAAAAUAGGAAUUUUCGUGUGCCUAUUAAUAGUGGUAAUCUUGAAUGGCGUAGUGGGCCGAAAGACGAACAGAAUGAUCGCCCUGUACUGGUUGAGGUCAUGCAAAGAUAUCUUCCUCCAAAACUUUGCCAAGAUAGGAAAUGAGAAAUCUUUUUUACUUGAAAAAUCAUAUGACAAAUUUGAGUUUUACUGUACAGGUAGAAAAAACUGCAACUAUUAUUUCGCUAAUUUAAAUUUAUGCAAAAGACAGUGCUUGUGGAGGUAUUUCAUUUUCAAUCAUUUUGUGAAGGAAAGGGAUACCAUGAGUGUAGCUAUACAUUUCGAAAAACUGGACAAGGGAGUUCUGUGUAUAUUUAAGAAACAUCAGAAAAAGUACAUAGAUUGCCGUUUCCCCAGUUUGAAUAAAUACACAAAAUUAAUGACAAAGAAGGAAUUGAAAGCAUGUUACGACAUCAAGGGUGAUUCCAAUGAAAUCAUGGAUCUGGUUUUAAGUGGGAAAAUAUUGAACUUCUUAAAUACCUAUGAUAGGUACAUAAAUUAUGUGUGUAUCACCGACAUUGCAUUAUUCGACUCGGAGGAUAGGCAGAGUGGGGAGAAGGAACAGAAGGAGGAAAAAGGAGAGAAACAGUCGAAUGACCAGAAGGAACAACGUACGAACAAAGGAGGGAAACACAAAUUCUGCUUCUUGAACUUUGUCAUCCCCAAGGAUGUCGAAGACCUACGCACGCUGGUAAAUUUUUCAAUCUACAUGAUCGACGCUUGCUACUGCAUCGAGUUAUCAGAAAAAGUCAGGGAACACGUGAGGAAGCUUCGAAGCAUUGUGGAGAAGGAAGACCUGAAAAGAAAACAACAACUGAAAGAAUUGCAGGAACGGAGAAAAGCGCAAAAAUUGCAAGAGGAGAAAGAGAAAGUUGAAAAGAUGUCGGCCGAGCAACAGAGGAAAUACGAAGAAAAGAAGCAGAAGAAGAGUUUGAAGAAAAUGAAAAAAAUUAAAAUUAUAAAGAUGUGA